UGCCAAUCUAACAAGCCGUGCGCAUCGGACGAGACUUUCGAUGGCACGAGGCCUUUGGCUUUUGCUCUCUUUGGCUGCGGGGCAGCCUGCCUUGCCCAAUUUGCGAGGCACGGGUGCUCUGGAGCAGAUCUUAGUCUUUGAUGCUGGCAGCAGCGGCACGCGAAUUCAUGUCUUCAACAUGCAGAUGAUACCAGGCACUCAUGUGCCCAGGGUGGACUUGUCGGUGCGAGACGACCAGACCUUCAAGGUCAAGCCCGGGCUCUCGGAGUUUGCCAAGAAGGAGGACCUGAAAGGCUGCGAGGAAAACAUCCAGAGCCUUGUCGCAUUCGCCAACAAAUUUGUGGAGGAGAGCCGGCGGAAAGACACCCCCGUUCUGCUUAAGGCGACGGCGGGCUUGCGCGCAGUGCCGGCAGAGCAGGCAGACGCAGUUCUGAACACAGUCCGAUCGACGCUGAGCGCCUCUGGCUACAAAUUCCAAGAGGACUGGGUGGACAUCAUCAAGGGCAAGGAGGAGGCGGGGCUCGCCUGGAUUGCGGCCAACUACCUGCAGGGAACCUUCCAGGCGGGCGGGGCUUCUUUGGGCGUGAUCGAGAUGGGCGGCGGCUCCACACAGGUCUCCUUCGAGCUUCAGCCUGGAGAGAAGGACAACGCCGCGGACAACGACUACUUCGAGUUCCGCACUGCAAUGGGUCAGGUGUACUCGCUCUACGCGCACAGCUACUUAGGCUUUGGCCAGGACUAUGCCCAGAGCAAGCUGCAAGACUGCAUGAGCGACGAGGCGCGAAGUGACCCCUGCUACCCCCGUGGCUACAGCCGGGUGAACCGCCUGGGGGCGCGCCUGGAUGGCCAGGGUGACGCUCCCACCUGCGAAACCAACAUCCAGUCCCUGCUCUUCAAGGAAGACACGGCGCCGGGCCGAUACGCACACGAGCUGCGGCCCCGGGGCUCAAUGAUCGCCACCGAGAACUUUUUCUAUGUGAGGAAGGACCUGAAUUUGCAGGCGGAGGGCGUGUGCCCCAGCGAGGCGGAGGCACGGGAGGCGUGCGGCAAAGACCUGGCGGGUGGAACCAGCGAGCGGGGCUGCUUCGCUCUCUCCUACCAGAGAGCCUUCCUCUCUGCGCUGCAAGCCCUCGACCAAGGCACGCAGGUGCAAGUGAAGCGGAAGAUCAACGGCGGAGACAUCGACUGGGCUUUGGGCGCAGCUUUGGCUCACUUGCUCCAGACUCGCUCAGGAGGCUGGAGCACACCCUUGACUUUGACGCUCCUCGCAGCUCUGGCUUUGAUGAUGGUGUCCGUUGUUGUGGUCCAGCGCCCGAAGGGCGCCGCCAAGAAAACGGACCCCACGAUCUUCGGCAAGAACCUUGGCCUUGAAUGACACUGAGCCAAUUGAGCAAAUGCGAUCCAUACAAAGAAAUGGAAG